UUCAAUGGUCUCCCACUCUGCUCUUGCUCUGUCAAUCCCAUUCUCUUUCGUUCCUUGCCUUUCCUAUCAUCAAACACUUGGUGUGCGUACAAAACCUUCUUUCGCUCUCUUCAAGCUCGCCAAUCCCCUCAACGGGGCGCUAAACCCACUGGAUUUUCUUCAAACCACACCCUGUUUUUGAGGAGAUUUCGCGCCCGGAGCUCCCUCGGAGAUGCCGCCGACGAUGAGCCGCCGCCGCUUGUAGGUGAGGACUCUGCGGUUUUUGAGCUGGCGAAGCAGAAGAUAGCUUCUUGGGUUUACUUUUCUGUUAUUUUGGGGACAGUUCUUUAUGUUCUCGAUAUGGUUUGGAUUGAUAACUCUACUGGGUUCGGUAAGGCUUUCAUCAAUGUGGUUUCGGGACUUUCAGAUAGCCAUGAGGUUGUAAUGUUGAUCCUCAUUAUGAUUUUUGCUACCGUGCAUAGUGGUUUGGCCAGUCUAAGAGAUUUGGGUGAGCAACUAAUUGGAGAACAAGCAUUCCGUGGUUUGUUCGCUGGGAUAUCUUUGCCACUGGUUGUCAGUACUAUUGUGUAUUUUAUUAACCACAGAUAUGAUGGACAACAGUUAUGGAUGCUUCAGAAUGUUCCUGGGGUCCAUCAGUUGGUGUGGCUUUCUUCUUUUAUCUCCUUCUUCUUCCUCUACCCAUCAACUUUUAAUCUAUUAGAUGUGGCAGCAGUUGACAAACCCAAAAUGCAUCUUUGGGAAACUGGAAUCAUGAGAAUCACAAGGCAUCCACAGAUGGUUGGGCAGGUAAUUUGGUGCCUGGCUCACACAGUGUGGAUAGGAAAUUCUGUGGCGGUAGCAGCCUCGGUUGGCUUAAUUGGACAUCAUCUAUUCAGUGCUUGGAAUGGUGACAGGAGAUUAGCCCUAAGAUACGGUGAGGAUUUUGAGGUCGUAAAAAGUCGACCAAGUAUCAUACCAUUUGCAGCCAUCCUUGAUGGCCAACAAAAGUUGCCCAAAGAAUGCUGUAAGGAAUUUAUCCGGUUGCCAUAUCUGGCAAGCACAGCACUAACAUUGGGUGCAUAUUUUGUGCAUCCGCUGAUGCAAGCAGCAAAUUUCCAGCUACAUUGGUAAUAAGGUUGAGAAUCUACAUAUCUAUCUCAGUAGAUGUUGUGGAUGAUAAACAUGGUUUUUGUACGUGAGAAUGUUUUUAGAUGCUGCAGGAGGUUCAUUCGGAUUGUCAGUCUUGAUGUUCAAAGCAUCCAUCAGGAAAUAUAGGAUCCAUAAAAAUUACUUUUCCAAGUCAUUUGCAAUGUUUAAAUGCAUAGUUUGUCAAACGACAUUGGUAAAUUUACUCUGAAUGCCCAAGCGUUAAUAUACUAAUGAUCUGAUGAAUACUAUGAUUGUCUUCCUGGAAACAAAAAAUGG